GCGCGGGCCGCCCUGCCCCGCCCCGCGGUGACACACCGCCCACGGUCACGUGGGGCGCGCGCCAUUCCGCUUCCGCUGUGGCGCCCCCUGGCGCCUCCUUGGCCCCGUGUUUCCCGCCUCACUUCGCGCUCCUCGGCCUUCGCGGCCCUGCGAUGGAGGCGGCGGCGCCGGAGGGCGCCGAGCCGGGGAGCGGCGCGGAGGAACCCGUGGUGUCCCUGGCGGAGGUGCUGGCCGAGAACGAGGAGCUGGAGAAGGAAGCGCGGGCCGUGCUGGGGGGCAGCGACCACGAGCGCUGCAGUUACUCACAGGGCGCCGUGAAGCGGCAGGCGCUUUACGCCUGCAGCACCUGCACGCCGCCCGGCGCCGAGCCCGCGGGCAUCUGCCUGGCCUGCAGCUACGAGUGCCAUGGCACCCACCGCCUCUUCGAGCUCUACACCAAGAGGAAUUUCCGCUGUGACUGUGGAAAUAGCAAGUUCAAAAAUCUGCAGUGCAAGUUACUCCCGGAAAAGGUCAAGGUGAAUUCAGGAAAUAAAUAUAAUGACAAUUUCUAUGGAUUGUACUGUACAUGUAAAAGACCUUACCCUGAUCCUGAAGAUGAGAUUCCAGAUGAGAUGAUCCAAUGCAUAGUUUGUGAAGACUGGUUCCAUGGAAGGCAUCUUGGUGCAGUUCCCCCUGAAAGUGGAGACUUCCAUGAGAUGGUGUGCCAGGCCUGCAUGAAACAUUGCCAUUUUCUAUGGGCUUAUGCAUCGUGUUUAGCAGUUCCUCCUUUGACCAAAGCAAACUCCCUUGAAGAUGCAGGGAUUGUCCUGAAGGCAGAGGAAAAUGAAGAGCAGAAGAAAGAAAUAAAAAAAGAAAGUGGAGUGGAACACCAUGACACAAAAGAGGAAAAGCAAUCAGAACAAUUUAAUGAACCAUCCACUAGCUCUGGGUCUGCCUGUCCUGAGGUAGUUACUAAGAGCGAGGAGCCAGUCUGCAAGCUGAAGGAGCUCCAAAGCAAGCCAUUUGUGAAAAAAGAUACUGCCACCUUUUGGCCAUCGAACUGGAGGAGCAAAUUAUGCACUUGUGAAGACUGUUUGAAAAUGUAUUCAGAGCUUGAAGUCCAGUUCCUGACAGACGAAUGUGACACUGUUUUGGCUUAUGAAAAUAAGGGCACCAGUGACCAAGAGACAGAGAGGAGAGAUCCUUUAAUGGACACCCUUAACAGUAUGAACAGAGUCCAGCAAGUGGAACUCAUCUGUGAAUACAAUGAUUUAAAGACAGAACUGACUGACUAUCUCAGGAGGUUUGCAGAUGAGGGAACGGUGGUUAAAAGAGAAGACAUUCAGCACUUCUUUGAAGAGUUUCAGUCUCGGAAAAGGCGACGGACUGACAGGAUGCAGUACUACUGUAGUUAGACUGAGAGAGCUUGGGUCUGAAAGAACACCUGGCAGAAAAUGUUCACUGGCAAACAGAAAAGGCAUCUUCAGUUUUUGGCUUCUCAUCAAAAUCUGCUGUCCAAGAAAAUCAUGAUUUUGUCUUACACUUCCUUCAUUCGUAGCACCUAAAACACGUAACCAAUCCUUACAUUGCGCUUAGGGGGUUUUCAGUACCGAUCGACUCCGCAUUCCCGCGAAAGCCCUUGUCUCCAGGGGAGGAGGGCUGUUCCCGGGGCUGUGUCCUGCUCCUUCCCUGCGUUCGCCUCUCCUGGUGGCUCCCGGAACUGGGGCCGUGGCUUUGCUAGGCCCGCCCGGGCCCCGCCCCGCCCUGCCCCCGGCGGCAGGGAACGCUCCCGGCUUUCCUGCGGGGGUGGCUCUGCCUCUCCCUUGGGGCUGCAGCGAUUCUGGUGAGGGCCCAGCACCAAGGAGGUGCACGUUCCUACCCUGGCAGUGCUGAACCCAGCGCUGCUGCCUCCCCCUCCCCAGGUUGCUCACAAAUGGGAAAGCAGAGCUCAGGCUUGAUCCAACAGUGUUCCAUCUGGUUUUAUACAUUUAAAAAACUUACUGCACAGGGAUGGUUUCCAUGGCAAAAAAAAAUUGUCAGAUGAUCUCAAUUCACUCCUCAGAACAUAAACAAUAGCUAGGAGGAGGUACUAAAUUACAAACUAAGCAUGGGGGGGUUUGUUAUAUGCUUUGAUUUUAAAAACUAGCCUACAACAUAUUCUUCUACCUUAUAAAUGUUGCUGAAAACAGUGCAGCAUCCUGGUAUUUUGCUACAGUAUGGAAUAUUCUUUUUAUAACCACAGUGAUAAUCAUGGGACAGGAGAUAUUUCACUGACUUUUAAGACUACACUUAGCUGCAACUAAAAAUUAAGAUUUUGUAAGUUUGGAUCCUAAUGUAGUUAGACCCCAAAACAUAGGUUAAAGUUCUAGUUUUUGAGGGUUUGUAUAUCAUGGGGUACUAUUCUGCUACAUUCUACUAUCAUUCUCACUAUUAACUGUUUCUUUAUUUACAAACAGUAGUUUAGCAUAGAUGCUCAGCUGAGCAGUUUCAUAGAACGUAGGAUAUGCUGAGUUGGAAGGGACUCACCAGGGUCAUCACUUCCAACUCCUUGCUCUGCAUAGGACACCCCAGGAGUCACACCAUGUGCCUGAGAGCAUUGUCCAAACACUUCUUGAACAAGAACCUUUCCCAGAUAUCCAACUUAAAUUCCCCCUGACACAAUUUCAGGCCAUUCCCUCAGUCCUGUCACUGCCACCACAGAGCAGAGCUCGGUGCCUGCCCCUCCUGUAUCCUCAAUGGAAGCUGUAACUGCAGUAGGGUCUCCCCUCAGUCUCCUCCAGACUGAACAGACCAAGAGACCUCAGCCACUCCUCCCAUGGCUUCCCCUCAAGGCCCUUCAAGGUCCUGGCCCUUCCUUGGACACUUUAACAGCUUUGUAUGUAUUUUAUAUCGUGGUGUCCAAAACUGCCCCCAGGACUUGAGGUGAGGCCACCCUAUCACAGAGCAGAAUGGGACAAUCCCUCCCUUGCCUGGCUGGUGGGGCUGUGCCUGAUGCCCCCAGGACAUGGGUGGCCCUCCUGACUGCCAGGGCACUGCUGACUCAUGCUCAAUGUGUCAUCAACCCCCAGGGCCCCUUCCUAGUUGCUUUUAAUUUAACUUUGGGUCUUGUACAUGCUCUUUUUUUGGUAGCAACUGUAACUGCACAUCUAACUACAAUAUAAAAAAUUAAAAUAAUUGUUCACUGUG